AUGAAAGGUGCCUGGGAUCGCGCCUCGUUCCUCUCGGGACCCGGCAGAUGCGUGCAAUUACUUAUUGCGUUUCACACCGUCAUCAGCCUGUUUAUGAUGAUUCUAAUGUUGAAUAUGGAGCCGGAGAGUGCUAGCGACAGCUUGAGCGCACCUGAGCAAUCCUUCUUUUCCGACCCGCGUGCAGUUUAUUAUGGGCGUUUCCUGGAUAACCCCACCUUUUGGGUAUACUUAACGGGAUCAGCCGUCGUCACCACUAUCGACAACUGGACAACCCCUGCCCUGCUCGGUCACUCGGCAAUAUCGGUGAUGAUUAACGUGUGCGUGACGGAGGGUUAUCGGGAAGCUCUUCUACAUCCUUGUCGCGCAAAAUCCAAGAAACUACCUCCAAAAUAUAAAAUGUCCGGAGUGAUCGAAAAAACGAAGGAGGCUGUAUCCAAUGCGACUGAAGCAGUGAAGGACAAGCUGCAAGGCCUCACCGGGGAGAAGGAGCUGCACAAGGAAGCCGCCCGAGAAAACGCCAGCGAUGCCUUUGAUUUGGCUAAAGGAAAUAAGACGUGCGGAGCCCGGGAGACGACCUAUCGCUCGCCAGAACAAGCCCCGCGCUACACGUUCGAAAACAUCCACGAAGCCCGGCCACAUCCA